GAAGGGAUGCGAUUCGAAUUAUUAUGUCUUGGUUGUUAACUGGACUUCGUGUAUUGCUUAAUACUCGUCGUCCCCCUUCAUGUUGUGGGUUUGGUGGUCUAUUAAUUCUUGAAUUAUUCGAUCCAAAACCACCGUCACUUAUAGGAGUAGAAUUAUUUGAAGUUAUGUUUGAAGACAUUUAA